GCUUUCUCUGUGAACCGGCGACAAGUAAACGCCGUUUUUACCCGUCACUGCCCCAGGGCUUCACAACUUAUUGACGGAGCUGCGGGCGUAAUACUCCGUCCCGUCUGUGAAGGCUAUCAUCCAGGGUCUCGGGAUCCUUUCGGCCCAAGCAAGGGUUGGGCUGCCCCUCAUCCUCUCCUCACGCGAGUGCUCGUGCGGCAAGAAUGGAAAAUACGAAAUAUGAAACUAACAAAUGAACUUACCGAAAAUGCCAAUGUCAAAUGCUAUUGAUGUGAGGGCUCAGGUCCUUCUAUCUGUUUCGGAAUACAAUGUCAGCGUCUGUGCCCUAAAAGGGUUGGUUCGCCCGGGCUCUGGUCAUCGAAACAAGUCAAGCCAGAUCAGCCUGUCGCAAAUGGCCAGAAGGCCCCAACAGCGACCCGACAGUAGAAGGAAGCAAGCGAGGAGCCAGUUUUUCCAAGACUUUCUAAGAAACGUCGCAUAUACCGAGCGAAUAACAGGCAAUAGCAAACCAUACUUACUUGAGAAGGCCCAAGCGGUGAAGAGAUGUCUUCACUAUGCCACUCUUGAGCGACAAAGAGACAAAGAGGUCGGGUGUAUGAAGAUGUCGGAUCUCUCAAAAGUCCAACAAAACGGGCGAAGAAGCUGCGGGAAGGAUAGCAUAGCCGUCUUGCUGUUAAGUGCUUGAGAGGCAAACGGAGCAAAGGAGAAAUUACAUGCAGGUCAGAGCGACGGGGGAUGCUAGAGUCUUUAUAAGCGUCUCUGAGACAGCCACACUGCGGAGCCUCUCAUUUGA